AUUACUAUUAAUUUGCUUACUAUUUUUUAUUUAUUUUUUAAUUAAUCGAUCUUUAAUAGUUUCCGAAGAGAAGAUCGAAGAAGUUUAAUUUAUUUAUUAAUGUUUGUUUUAAGUUAAAAAGUAAGUAAAGAGAAAAGAAGAAAUGGGGCACCACUCUUGCUGCAACCAGCAGAAGGUAAAGAGAGGGCUGUGGUCGCCCGAAGAAGACGAAAAGCUCGUCCGAUACAUCACCACUCACGGCUACGGCUGCUGGAGCGAAGUCCCGGAAAAAGCAGGUCUUCAAAGGUGCGGCAAGAGUUGUCGAUUGAGGUGGAUAAACUAUUUGAGACCGGAUAUUCGGCGGGGGAGAUUUACACCAGAAGAGGAGAAACUAAUCAUCAACCUUCACGGGGCGGUUGGGAAUAGAUGGGCCCACAUAGCGAGUCAUCUUCCAGGGCGAACCGACAACGAGAUCAAGAACUACUGGAACUCGUGGAUCAAGAAAAAGAUCCGAUCAAAGGUGGCGCCGCCCUCGACGUCAUCCUCGAACACGAUCGCGCCGCCGCCGAAAUCGGACCAAAUAAUUCCCCAAUUAACCCAAAACCCUAAUUUCAUGAGCAGCAACAACAACAACAAUCAAGACAACUCUCAACUCCAUCAAUCCACAAUCUUCCCUCUCCUCCCAAACCCUAACCCUUUCAUCUUCGACAUCGGCGCCGGCGGCGACCCGUCGUCGGCCCCCAGCGCCGGUGCCGGCCACAUUAAUAUCCUCCAAGAAAACCCUAAUCCGGCCGAAACAUGGCAGAACAUGAACCCGCACGGCGAUAAUCAAGCCGGCGCCGUCGUCGUUCACCCGUCGCCGGAGAUGAUCCAAUUCGCGGGAUGCGGCGCCGCCGCCGCCACGAUGAAUUCCGGCUGCUGCCUGACGCCGAUCAUCGAGAACUUCGAGAGCUUAAUGGCGCCGGAAAUGGCGGCGGCGGCAGCGGCGGUGGCGGCGAAUGGGAUGAAUGAGUGGGUGGAUUUGCCUUGCCCUAAUUAUUUCUUUUGGGACCAAAAUGAUGGAGGGCAAAUUGGGGGAGAUGAUGAGAUUAUUACAACUUCUUCUUCUCAUAUGGGGACUAUUUUGUCUUCUUUCCCUUCCUCCAUAUGAUAAUUAAUUAUUUAAUCAAAAAAAAAAAGAAAAAAAAAAGACAUAUAUAUAUAUAUUA